AUGAGUCGUCAUCCGAAAAUCUGUUUAUCAUUGGUCGGCGAUUUUAUUGCUGGUCCCCGGUCGCGCCCCGUUUGUCUCCUGCAUUCCCGUUUGUCGCAUUCGCGGGAUCCGCCACCCCGCGGAGAGCGGAGCGAGAGAGAACGGAACCAGCACGCGGAAUCCGCGCGCGCGGUGCACUCGGCGUAUAAUCGCGUCCGCGCGCAUAAUCCGAACCGGUCGCAUCGUCGCCGAGCGGGAGAAAGUCUAUCUUUUCUUGGUCGCCGUGUUUGUUGCUUGCGCAGAGAGGAAGAGGCACGAAAGGCCGCCGAGGCGCUAUCGGAAGAGAACAUCGUCCCAUAUAAGAUCGCCCUUGCAGACUUAUCGCCGGUCUUCCCAGAACAGAUCUUAAAGGAGGAGACAGUGAUCGAGCGGUACGAAGAAGACAAGACCGUCGUCGAGCCGUUGUCCGCCGAAGACGAGAUCAGGCAGGAGGAGGAGAAGCUCGUAGAGGAGAAACCGGUGGACGUCGACAGCGAGAACGUGCCCAACAAAAAUCUUACAGAUGACGAGAUCGCUCAGCUGAUCCUCGAGGAGGAGGAGCUCUUGUCCGAUAAAGGAUUACUGGGAGUGAACUUCAAGAAAUUGCGGCCGCGAGCUCCGAUUUUGAAAGGUUCCAAGGUUCUGGAGGAGCUGCAACAUAUCGCGACAGUCGAGCCCGAGAGAGUACAGGAGUUGAAACGUACCUCUACCUUCCUGCAAAAGCCAGUGCGACCAGUGCCAAAAUCAAAGAACGAGCAAAAGGUGGAAGAGGACGAGGGCGAGAGUUACAAGGUCGUCAUCAAGAAACAGGACAAGAAGACGGUGAUCGCGCGUCUCGUGGAGAAGGGUCUACUGCCGCCAGGAUCAGAGACGACCAUCGCGAGGACACCGGAACCGCCGGAAGUGUCCGAGACAACGACCUCAGCUGCAACACCAGACUUCACAUGUAAGUCAGAUCAGGAGGGAAAACCUGAUUCACGUCCUGUAUCAAAAGCAGAGGAAAGAGAGGCGAACGAAGUCGACGAAAUUAAAACGGAAGAAAAACCCGAAUCCCAGGAAGAAGAUCAUCGUUUCGAAUCUCGUGCGACGGAAUCCACGCGGGACGAGGCGGUAGCGGCUGAGGAGGAUUCGAGUGUCGUCUCCACGGCCGACCCGGCGGUGGCAAAAGUCAACAACGAGAAGAUCAAGGAAUUGGUGUCCACGGAAAUCAAUCUCGAGCAACAGCUGGAGAACGUGCAGCGGCAGUUGCUCGCCCUGAAGCAGCUACCGAGCGAGAUCGAGAAUCACCUGAGAAUCGUGUCCGAGCAACUGCACAAGAUCAUGGAGCUUAGCGGCGUGCAGCGGUCCCUUGGCAACGGAAACGGAAGCGCCCACUGCGGGCUGUCAGAAAAGAAUGUUACAUCGCAGCGAAGAGACGAGGAGGAACUGAAAGAGCAGGUAGAGGAUACUGAUGAAGAGGAUGAGGAGUUUACGGAGACUUAUGAUUACAUCGAGGAGAUUGCGUGUUUAGAGCGAAAGACGUCAUCGAGGUCAACGCCGCAAGUGAUCGAGCCCAGUGAUGACGAGGGGGAAAUGGAGGAAGAGGAAGCGGAAAUGAAGGAACUGGACGGUAUGAUUUCUGUGAAGAGCGCGGAGGAGGAAGGAAAUAGAGUGAAGAAAUUCAUCGUCUCUUAUGAAACUAAGCUUCUGAAAUCACCAAGUCCGGCACCAUCGCAUGGAAGUUUCGAACCAGAUCCUAAACUGUCACCAAAAGAUCAAGUUAUACAAGAACUGCAGCAAAGAGUGCACAAGAGAGGCAGAAAACAUUCGCAGGACCUGUGGCCCCAGGCUAAACAACUUGAACUUACGCAGGGUCGCAGAUGGAGAUGCCCGAAUGAUUUCUUCAAUGAUGAGAUGAUCGCGGAGGUGUUAUCCUCUCAGGCGGAGGUCAUUCGCGGUAAAGCAAUGGGAGUGAACUUUAAGAAGUAUGAGAAGACAAAUUUACCAAACUAUGACUACCUAAUGAAUUCGAGCGUUUAUAAGAUGAUUCAUAAAAUGGAGCGAGAACCGAAAAGAGGCAUCCCUGCCAGACCCGCUAAAGUCAAUGCGGCGAAAGAUAUAAUCGAAAGAGUUAAAUCACCGGCGUUGAGUGUUGUAGACGACAGAAGUCCUCGGAGCGUCAGCCAUUAAUGCAACAACGAUGAUAAAUGAUAAAUGAUCAGGACGUUAUGUUAUAGUUUAUACGCGAGAUAUCUAUGUAUUUGAAGGACAUGUUGAAUAUAUGUAUGAAUACUUCGAGGAAAUCGCUAGAAAUUACCAGGAAUGUAAUUAUCUGACACAUUAAUCGCGUCUAAAGAAUGUUAUCGUACUAUCAUCAAGAUAUAACGUGGUUGUAAUAAUUCUAAACACGAGUGUAUGCACGUAUGUUCGUAUUUAAAUCGUUUCGAGAAUGAUUUUCUCCAUCAGCACACUACAUGUACGAGUAAAGAGAUCAGCCUCUUUCCAUAAAUUUACACAUUCGGAACAAUUAACAAAUAUGUAACCACGCAAAAUUAUUUCAAAAAGUAAUACUCAAUCAAUUUGCGCCUUUUCAAAUGCAACUAUCUUCAUACAUUUUUCUAUAGUUGUAUGUAAAUUGCGAAAGAUCAUCAAGAAAUCUUGUAUCAUCCCAGAAUAAUCAUUAUUAUCCUUAAAAUG